AUGGAGCCAUCACCAGCUCCUCCUGCACGGGGAAAGGGAAAAUGCAGCAUAGGAGGUAAAGAUAGAGCUACUACUUCUCCUACUAUCUCUAUCAGCUGGCAAGCGGUUCCCCAGCGGACCAAUAGGCUGGUUGACUACCUCAUUGGACACCCACCAGAUUGCCGCAUUCUGUUCGCCAGUGAAAAGAAGAAUCCAGCCAACCAUGAAGCUGAGGGCCGCCCCUCAGGCAAAGACAAAAACGAAAUCCAUGCUGUCAUUGCAAGGGUUAUUUUCUCCGACGAUCCUCAAUACGCGGUGCUCUAUGCCUCGAAUCCCAACAAAUUUCGGGACUCUGUAUAUAAUCGCAUCGUGGCCCUCCGCACUAAAUUUCGUGACAUUCGUGCUGAAUUUGAGUCCACGGGUGCAGGCAUCGUGCCCAUCGAUUCAAAGACAAGCGUGAAUUUGCAUCGUAAAUACGAGAAGGACUUUCCCUGGUACGAUCAGCUCUACUCCAUCUGGGGCUCCCAUCCAUCAUUCUCCACCAAAAUGUCAUCGUCAAAGCCGGGCGUUGAUCACGCAAGUGAUCUCUUUUCUCUCACCCGUCCUUCGGGUGGCUCUCUUCGUCCCCCUGCUUCCUCCAGCACUGAUCCCGGCUCUCCCAUGCAACUUGGCAACACGCCUCUCCCCAAUGCUCCAGCUGGCGGCAUUGCUGGGUCGUCAACUGGACCCACUUAUGACUACCUUCCUCCAAACACUCAUGCAGGUGGUGCCGCAGCCGCGGCACCACCUACCUCCCCCCAAUUUUAUCACACUCCCCCUGCUCCAAACGCUCAUGCAGGUGGUGCCGCAGCCACGGCACCACCUACCUCCCCCUUUUGUCACACUCCCCCUGCUCCUGGAGGCAGUGGUGGUAGCCCUUCGCAAUGGAACUAUGUGCCACCACCCCCAAGCACUCACACCAACAGUUCUGCCGGGUGA